AUGGUGUCGAUGAAUCUUUUCGAUUGUUGUGACUGUUCACGAUUUUUUGAACGAAAUAUCGGAGGAAUCCAAAGAGCAAUGGCUAAAAGUCAGAUUGAGGACAGGAAGAUUCUUCAGAACAUUAAUGGAUAUGCUCGAGGUGGAGAAAUGGUAUUGGUCGUGGAGAGACCUGGGGCUGGAUUUUCGUCGCUUUUAAAGGCCAUUGGGGCUAUCGAUUUGGAUUUGUUAACACGUAUUGAUGGUGAUGUUAGAUAUGAUGGUAUUACCCAGGCAAAAAUGUUGAAGAAUUUCAAGGACGAUUUAGUAAGAUUGUAUUUUGAAAAUUGUACAUAG